AUGCCUCUCGUAAAUGGUGUCAAUGGUCAACUCCAAAACAUGCAGAUCUCGUCCCUCGCUGCGGCCCAACAAGCUAUGGCUGCUGGAGCCUUGCUAGGGGAUCACAACCACGUUAGCUCGAUGUUAGAUCCAGCAAUGAUGAUGUCCAUUAAUAUGUCGACGGACGACGGUAUGCCACUUGACCCUCAGCUAUGCGGUGGCGACCAAUUUAGCCCAAUGACUUCUUCCGCUCCUCCAACUUCCAUGAUGAAUGAAUAUGGGAAUCUUGGAGGCGGAAGUACCUUAACAGAGUUCACGAAGCGGAGGAAUUGGUCACAGCGCAUCUUGGAAGAGCUACAGGAUUUCUUGCAUAUCCUUUCACCAACCGGAAAAAUUGUUUAUGCAUCGCCUUCUGCGAAAUCUUUGACAGGGUUUGAUCCUGAGGAGUUGAUGGGAAAGUUUAUCACGGAAUUUAUCCACCCGGAUGAUUCGGGACUAUUUGUGCGAGAGUUUAAUGAAUCGAUAGCUACUGGACAAGCUUUACGAUUAUUCUACCGAUUCCAAAAAACCGAUAUGACUUAUGCAAUUUUUGAGACCAAUGGCCAUCCUCAUAUUGGCGAGGCCCCCCAAUUUGGCCCUUCGGCCAUACAAUCAGUUUGCAAGGGAUUCUUCAUGAUGUCAAGACCAUAUCCCACGCGUAACGCCGCCCUUCUAGAUUCUUUUCUAGAACAUAAAAUCGAGAACGAGCGUCUGAUGAAAAGGAUUGAGGAGCUGAGGAAGGAAGAAUAUGAGGAACAUCAGCAACAACAGCGACAGAGACAGCAAUAUCCGAAUGGGACACGAACAGAUAGUGGCACUGCUGGCAGUAGCAUGACAGGAAAUGAUACACCAAUGACUACAGCGCAAACACCCAAUGGAUCCGACGCCAUGCCUCCACCUGCAAAACCUACACAGCAACAAACAUCCGCAGCUUUGACCCGACAAAAUUUGGAUCGCAUGGAGCAGUCAAAUCUUGCAAAAGCUGAUAGUAUAAGGGAUAAAAUGGCCCGGUUUGGGGCAGGAGGGGUCAAUCAUAUGGACAGUAUCGAGAUGUUGACUGGGUUGCGAUACCGGGAAGGAGAACGGUCCAAGGGCAUCAGUACGGGUGAUACAUCUCCGGCAUUAAUUCGUGGAGACGCUGGGGUUCCAAUACCGAUCGACAAAGAAAGUCGUCACACCUCAGAGAAGAAGAAGAAGCAGAAAAUCGCGGACGAAUAUGUUUGCACGGACUGCGGAACUUUAGAUAGCCCAGAGUGGAGAAAAGGUCCUAAAGGACCAAAAACUCUUUGCAAUGCUUGUGGGCUGAGAUGGGCAAAGAAAGAGAAGAAACGAAACCAAAGCUCAAGUGUCGUUUCGAUACCACAAGCUGGCUCCAACGGUGGGUCUUUGCCGGGUUAG